CUCUGUGCCUAUCGUGGCACAGACCCCGUGAAACCCCUGUAAAUUCCUAAGUGGGAAGAAUGCUAGGAGCAUCUUUUUCUCUAACAGGUGGACACUGGGUGGGCUCCUGGUUGGCUCCGGCACAGGGGCUGAAGGCCAGAAAGGCCAAGCCAUGCUUACAAGCCUGGGAUUUUCAGCCCUCCUUCCCCCUCAUCCUCCAGAGAGGGGAGAGAGACUGGAAAUGGACUUCCUGUGUGUGACCCUUGUGGGUGCGACCCCUGGCUGUGCUCGGCCGGGGUGAGCGGCGCUGUCCACCAGGCGGCCUCUCGUUUACACUUAAUUGAAGUCAAGGCAGAGCAAGCCUCAGCUCCGCAGUAACACCGCCGCCCCGGGUUCCGCGGGAGACGAGGGCGCAGACUCGUCCUAUACGGUUUCCAACUGGCAGCGCGGUUUUAGCGUCUCCCUGGAUUUGGGUUUGUCGGAUUGCUUCUUCAUGCCCAGCUCUGGGUCAUCUCGACAGGACUAACGCACAAGGGAUGGCACAGUUUUCUCGCCCGUGACGCCGUUUGAAUCAGCACCGCAAACCUCCAACGUCAGUGCUACCUACCUGGCCCAGGCGUCAGUCAAACCGCGCUCCCGCCACCACCAAGAUGGCCGUCGUGCGGCGCCACCAAGAUGGCUACCGAGGCUCCGCCCUGAAGGGUGCGGCCGGGCAGCUGGCAGCCAAUGGGCGCGCGCGCCUGUCCGCGGCCAAUGGGAAGGAAACGCGGGCCAGAAGCCGAGAGACGUUGCCCGUGGCUCGUUCGCGACAUGUCGGCCUCCCAGGCGCGGGGCGCUGCCUCGGACCUGGGGCAAGGGGGCUGCAGGCGGGCCUGGGUCGAGCUGCUGGCGGGAAGGGUCAAGAGGCAGAAAUUGGGUCCUGAAGGUGAGCAGAAGGUCAGGGAGUCGGCUGUGCGCCUCCUGAGGAGCCACCUAAACCUGGGUGACCUUGUGCUGGAGGUAGAAGGUCCUCCCGGUAAACAGCUGUGUCUCAGCCGCUUGAUUGAUUAUGAUGGUCCUGGGGCCCACAUUGACCUUUCCAGUUCAUUGAUAGGCUCUGCUUUGCGCGACCAAGCCGCGCAGCUGGGUGUUCCAGCGGCUGUCCUGUGCAGCCAGGUGGUGGCCUCUGGCCUCGUGCGGGUCUGUGAGGCAGAUGCGGUGCCCCCUCCCAAGGUGCUGCUGACACCGGACCAGAGGAAGAAACUGUCUUCCUUGUUUGAGAUCGCGCAGAAUUUAUUAGCACAAAGCAUGUUCUCCCGUCUUUCCUUCUGUCAAGAAUUAUGGAAAGUACAGAAUUCUUUGCUGCUUGAAGCUGUGUGGCGCCUUCAUGUUCAAAACAUUGUAAGCCUCCAAGAGCUGCUGGAAAGCCAUGCCGACUCUCAGGCCGUGGUGGCCUGGCUCUCCAGGGACCUGCGCCUGCUGUGUGAGCAGACAGAGGCACCCUGUCAGCACACCGACGUCGCCAGGGCUAUGCUUGCUGAUUUUGUGCAAAUGCUUGUUUCGAGGGGAUUCCAGAAGAACGCGGAUGUGAGAGGAACCGUGGACCCGGAGUGGAUGUCCCAGGUGGCCGUCGCUGUUCUCAAGAGGAUGCUGGCUUCCGCGCUCGAAGCUUUGGCGGCCGGGAUACAGGAGGGGUCCGCAGCACACAAGGCAGUGAGCUGCUGGUUCGGUGUGUUCAGUGGACACAUGUAUGGAAGUAUAAUUUCAACCGAGUAUCCAAAGAGGUUCUUCUGUCACACUCUGACCCAGAUCCUCACCCACAAGCCUGUGCUGAAAGUUUCCGACGCUGUUCAGAUGCAGAGAGAGUGGAGCUUUGCAAGGACCCCGCCUCUGCUCAGUGGCCUGUACCGUAGGCUCUUCGUGAUCCUGAGCCCAGAGGAGCUGGUGGGCCACUUGCAAGAGGUUCUGGAGACACAGGAGGUGAACUGGCAGCACGUGCUGUCCUGCGUGUCCACACUGGUGAUCUGCUUGCCAGACGCACAGCAGCUCGUUAAUGGUUGGGUGUCGCGUUUGCUGACUCAUGCGUUCGAGAGCUGUGACCUGGACAGCAUGGUCUUGGCGUUCCUGGUUGCACGGCAGGCCGCGCUGGAGGGCCCAGCUGCCUUCCCGUCCUAUGCUGCCUGGUUCCAGGCCGCCUUCGGGAGCGCAAGGGGCUUCCACGGCUCCAGCAAGAAGGCGCUGGUCUUCCUCUUCAAGUUCCUGUCUGACCUCGUGCCCUUCGAGGCCCCCCGGUACCUGCAGGUGCACAUCCUCCACCCGCCACUGGUUCCCAGCAAGUACCGCACCCUCCUCACCGACUACGUGGCGCUGGCCAGGACGCGCCUGGCCGACCUCAAGGUUUCUGUAGAAAACAUGGGGCUCUAUGAGGAUUUGUCUUCAGCUGGGGACGUCACGGAGCCCCGCUGCCAAGCGGCCCAGGAUGUUGAGAAGGCCAUCAUGGUGUUUGAACACACGGGGAAGAUUCCCGCCGCCGUCCUGGAGGCCAGCAUAUUCCGGAGGUCCUACUACCUGUCCCACUUUCUCCCCGCCCUGCUCACACCGCGAGUGCUCCCGAGGGUCCCUGAUUCCCGGGCCGCUCUCAUAGAGUCCCUGAGGAGAGCAGAUAAAAUUCCCCCCUCCUUAUACUCCACCUACCGCCAAGCCUGCUCCACUGUCGGAGAGAAGAAGCCAGAAGAUGCAGCCUCGCAAAGGGAGGUGGAGCCCAGCUGUAAGGAGGAGCCGCUGGGCCUGCUCACGACUGCCCUGCGAGAGCUCAGGGCCUCAGUGACAGAUCCCACCCAGCGUGACGCGUUGUUGGCUCAGAUGGCAGUGAUCUCUGAACAGCUCCGCUCCGCCCUGGGCCUCGGCGAGGAUGACAGCGACUUCGAGGGGGCCCCGGUUCAGCUCAGCGUCCGGGCCCCCAAGCUGCAGCCGUGGGAGCAGAGGGUCGUGGACCUCCUGCUGACGUCUUUCUGUCAGAACCUCAUGGCGGCCUCCAGCGUUGCCCCACCAGACAGGCAGGGCCCCUGGGCCGCCCACUUCGUGAGGACCCUGUGCAGACGCAGGCUCCUGCCGGCUCUGCUCAGCAGGCUCUGCCAACUGCUCCAUCACCAGGGCCCGAGCCUGAGUGCCUCACAUGUGGUGGGGUUGGCUGCCCUGGCCGUCCACCUUGGCGAGUCCAGGUCUGCCCUCCCGGAGGUGCAUGUGGGCCCUCCCACCCCUGCCAGGGGCCUGCCCGUCCCCGAGCUCUUCGACAUCCUCCUGCCCUGUAGGACCCAGGAGUCCUCAGCCCUGUGUCUGAAAUUUUGUACAGCGGCAAUUUCCUAUUCUCUGUGUAAGUUUUCUCCCCAGUCACGUGACAUCUCGUACAGCUGUUUGUCUCCAGGCCUUAUAAAAAAGUUCCAGUUCAUGGUGUUCAGAUGGUUCUCAGAGGCCCGAGACCCUCCCUCUUGGGAAGACCCGGCCAGCUCUCCCUGGCGGCCCCUGUGCCUGCCCUCCGUGGACUGGCAGCGAGCCGCCCUCUGCCUGUGGAAGCAGAGGACCUUGCGGGAACUGCUGAAGCAGGAGGGACUCCAUUUGACUUACAGAGACUGGUUACAGCUGGAACUAGAAAUUCAGCCUGAAGUUGAUUCUCUUUCAGAUACAGAAAGGCAGGACUUCCACCAGUGGGCCAUCCACCAGCACUUCCUCCCCGCGCCCUCUGCCACCGGGGGCUGCGAUGGAGACCUGGAAGUCGCCUGUGCCACGCUUGUCGACGUGCUCAUGGACUUCUGCCAAAGUUCAAGGAGUUAUGAUCACUCAGAGAAUUCUGAUUUGGUUCUUGGUGGCUGCACAGGAAAUCGCGAUAUUUUUUCCAGAUUGCAGGAGAUGGCUGCUGACCUGGAGCAGGGCCCAGCGCCCCUCGGCCAUGCUGCUCCCCGGGGCCACUUCCUCUUUGGAGUUUUCUGCAGACGCCUCCAGGCCCUGGCUCGAGGGUGGGACGUGGCCAGCCGCCUGCAGCGACAGCAGGAGCUGCUCAUGUGCAAACGCAUCCUCCUCGGCCUGCCCCCCUCCGUGCUUGUCGGCAGCCCCCGCUUGGAGCAGCCGGCCGCCCCCGACUGUGAUGACUUCUUCCACUUGGUCAACUCGGAGCUGAGAAACUUCUCCCACGACGGCGCCCUGACCCAUGACAUCACGGCCCACUUCUUCAGGGUAAUUUCCUUUCCCUCUGCCCCUCCAGCGUCGCUGCUCACUCAGACCCCAGGGCUGGGCCCUUGCGUGCGUGGCAGCUCCCGGGGCCCUGGUCCACGUGCAAACCCUGCGUGCGGGCGUGUCUCCCCGCAGGGGCUCCUCAACGCCUGUUCACGAAGCAGAGACCCCUCCCUGGCAGCCGACCUGACCCUGACUGCCUGCCAGACCCAGUGCCCCUUGCUUCUGACCUCUGCUCUGCUGUGGUGGCCGCACCUGGAGCCCGAGCUUCACCGCCGCUGGAGGAGAUGCUCCCAGAGCCCGCUGCCUGCAGAGCUGCGGAGGCUGCAGGAGGCCCGGCACUUUGCCGGGAGCGUCCUCUCCCCCCUUGCGGCACCCCCCACACCUGGCCCGGCCUGGCUCUGCGCGGCUGCCCUGCACUUUGUGAUUCGACGGGCCGGGAAGGAGAGCAUCCGGUGGGAGCUGGGGCAGCUGGAUGGCCAAGGAGAGGAGCUAUUGGUUUUCCUGUUUUUUUUUUCCUUGAUGGGCCUGCUCUCUUCACAUCUGACCCCACAGGCCGCUGGCUCCCUGAAGCCUCUGGACGUCUGUGCCGAGGUCCUGGGGUGUCUGCAGAGGAAGAGGGUUUCCUGGCUGCCGCUCUUUCAGUUGACGGAGACGGAUGCUGGCCUGGGGCGCACCCUCCUCCGCCUGGCCCCCGACCACCAGGUCAGGCUGCUGCCGCUCGCCUUCUACAGCCUCCUGUCCUACUUUGACGAGGACGCCCUCCUCCAGGAAGACGCCUUCCUGCACGUUGCUGUUAACAUGUACCUGAAGCUCGUGGGCCUCUUUGUGGCUGGGGAGACUGGUGCGGUUUGGACUCUGGCCCACGGUGGGGACCUCCAGGCCCAGGGCGACCCCGUAAGCCUGAUUACAAACGCUCGUCUUUUUCUGCUGCAGUCGAUACCUCGGUGCCCGAAAAGGAGCUUCUCAGACGUGGCAGAGCUGCUGGGCGCGAGUGCGGACUGUGACCCGGAAGUGCGUGCCGCCCUCCUCAGCAGGCAGCAGGCCGUGCUGGACCCUGACCUCUACCAGGCGCCCCGACUCUUCUGACAGGAUCUGUGCAGGGCACAGCCCAACUCCUCGGUAAAUAAUUUAUUACAAGCGUUAACGUGGAGCUCUCCGUUGCCCUGAAAAGUGGGUUACAAACCUCGACUGCAUUAGCGGGGAAGAGGAAUCAUUUCUUUGAAGUCUGCCUCUGGCCCCAAGUCACUCUGUUUAUAGAAGAAACUGCCGGUCCCGGAGCAGAAGCCACAAGGCCCCGUGAGCUGUGUGCUGAGCCCCUGCCACCCAGCACACGGGGUGGAGGCUCGUCGGGGUGCAGAGCUGUGCCGUCAGGCCUGAACCCCCAUCACUGCCCACUGAGCUCGGGGGCGGGCGUGCCCUCAGGUGGGCUCAGCCUUCACGGCCUGCCCCGCUGCGGGCCCAGGCGGGGGCUCCGGGGCCUUGUCCGGGGUCUGCGUCAGGGGGUGCACCAUGGACAUGUGCACGUUGAGGUUGUGAGCCUUCUCGAACCGCCGGCCACACUGGUCGCAGGCAAAGUCCAGCUCCGUCUCGGCCUUGUGCUUGGUCAUGUGGUACUUCAGGGAUGCCCGCUGUCGGCACUGGAACCCGCAGACUUCGCACCUGGGGGCCGGGGGCAGGCCGAUUUCCUUGAGCACAAAUUUUUAGAGGAAGCCAAAGCAGCAAGGUUUCAUAGAUGACUGACUGAUGACAGCUGCUGCUACUCUAAGACCCACCGUCACGCUGGGCCCUCUGCGGGGUACCCACUGCAAAGGCAAUCUUAACGCUCUUGAACAGACUUGAACCGUCACGCCCCACGCCAGUGGUUCCACUGCAGGCCGUGCCAGUGGGGCAGCUGCCACACGCUUCCCGCCCCACGUCACUGCACGUCCCACUGCUCAUCUACCAGUACCUGAACCAGCCUCCCAGGCAGGCUCCUCCCUCACUAGGGGCAACUGUCCCCAUAGCACACGAUCUAGCCUCUUUUGUGUUAGAAACAAAAACUGCUUGUGGUCACGACCACUGGCAUCCAGACUGAGAACAGCUUGACCCAACCCAAGAGAAUUACUGUGUUUGUUAGAGACACAGACAAGAACACUUGGAGCAAAAAACACAAGGAAAACUGUUUCGCUGUGGAACCAACAAGUAAAUGUGCGCCAACAAUUAAACGGUCAACUCUGA